GGUCUGCGGGGGACCAAGAGGAGCCGGGCAGGCGAAGCGAGUCACAGGCAGCGCUGGUCAUGACCACAUCUCCAUGACGAUAGCUGUCAGAAGAGAGCAGACUGAGUGAGGAGCCGCCAAGGGACACAGGAUGGUGAAGUGUUGGAAACCUUCAGAAAACAGUUUGGGGGAAGCAGCGUGUACAGAUGGGGGUCCAACUGUGUCGCAUCACUUCCCGCACAAGGCAUUCUGGGUCGGCCUCUCUGCCUCUUUGCUGCUGGUGGUCAUCGCGCUCGCUUUGACGGGUCACUUCAUGCUGCCGCGACCCCGCUCUCAGUCUUUACAGGUCAUCAGAAUCACGGCUCUGGAUCAGGCCGGCACGCUCAUCAACCAGUCAGCCAUUGUAGACGAGCAAAACGACCUGGUGACCUUUUUCGUUUCUUCAGUGUCCAAUCAGACGUCUAGGGUGCUCUUUGACAUCAAACAUGGUUUGAUAUGUUACAAACCAGUCCAGCAGGAGAGCUGCUUCCUGCAGACGAUGGACAAGUCCGACUACGAAAACGUGCGCUCCCUCCGUCGCGAGUCCACACACGAGCAAAGCCAGUUCCAGCUCUCUGGGAAUGACACACUGCGGCAGACGGAGUUCCUUGGGGUGCUGGCAGAUAGUCAGGUGGAUGUGUCCACUCUGGAGGAGCCCAUGCAGGCACUGUGUCAGGACAGGUCCAUCCGCUGGACCAGGAGGGUGGACGGACCAGGGAGGCAGAGGCUGGUCUACUUCUGCAUCGACAUCUGCUUUCCCAGCAACAUCUGUGUGUCUGUGUGUUUCUACUACCUGCCAGAGUGACCGUGUGCAUUUUAUUCCUCCCCUCCCAGCAAAGAUCAGGGAAACAAAGCGGUCUUUUUUAGCUCCGUCUACACGCACGCGCACACACAGAACAAAAACCAGCUUUGACUUUGCCAUACAGCUGCCAGUAAACCAGUGACCAGCCCAGUGACCAGCCAAGACUUCCACUAAAUCACUUUCUUUUUCAAUCCUUCCGACAGAGGAGAGAGGGAGACAGGCUGUCACUGUUAUCGCCAAAGUCCCGUCGUCGCUCUCUUCAUGUUUAAUACUGUCUCUGGUGGCACACUUCAGAGACCACAAACACCCAGCGUCUUUUUGUGUGUGGCUUUAAGCGCAUUUUCUGUAACUUAACGCCACAUUGUGUAACCGCUCCUGUUUUAAUCUGAGUGAAUUGACCUGUCCAAUAAAAGUCUGGUGUGUAUUUA